CAUGUUGGGAGCCGACGCGGACAGGCAGCCUCGCUGCGGUUUCGGAUGUUGCGAGCCCUGCGGUCUUCCAGAGCACAGAGGCCAGUAGCCCCUUGGGCUGAUAAGUGGCCCGGCUGGAAAAUGGGCACCAAAUCUGACCAGCUCCUGAUUGUAGUUUCUAUCCUGGAAGGGCGUUAUUUUCCCAAACGUCCAAAGCAUACACUUGUAGUAGAAGCAAAGUUUGAUGGUGAACAUUUAGCCACAGACCCUGUAGAACAUACUGAUCAACCUGAAUUUGCCACGGAAUUAGCUUGGGAACUAGACAGGAAAGCACUUCACCAACACAGAUUACAGCGUACACCUAUCAAGUUACAGUGCUUUGCUUUGGAUUCUUUAUCUGCAGCCAAAGAGACUGUAGGUUACAUUGUACUAGAUUUAAGAACUGCUCAAGAGAAGAAGCAGCCACCAAAAUGGUAUCCUUUACUCAGCAAUAGAUACACAAAAUUUAAAUCUGAAUUACAACUAAGCCUGAUGUUAGAAACUGAUACCAAAGCAUCCGUGGAUGGGUUUAAAGCAAAGGAAGCACCCCCCAGAGAUGUAACAGUACCUCUUCAGCUUCCUGGGUUGGAUCCCAAAAAUCUUGUAGCAGUUCUGAAUGAAGAAGAAGGAUAUCAUCAAAUUGGACCAGUAGAAUAUUGCAGAGACUAUUUUGUUUUGUCUGUUACUGUUGCAUUUGCUACGCAGUUAGAACAGCUAAUACCUACCACAAUGAAACUACCGGAACACAAGCCUGAAUUCUUCUUCUACUAUUCACUACUGGGCAAUGAUGUUACCAAUGAACCAUUCACUGACUUGAUGCACCCAAACUUUGAGCCGGAGAGAGCAUCUGUGAGAAUACGCAGCAGCAUCGAAGUUCUUAGAGCUUAUUUUUUGGCUCACUCAAAGUUGCAGAUCCAUCUUUGCUGUGGUGACCAGUCUCUUGGAAGCACGGAAAUACUUCUAACUGGUUUGCUGAAGAAAGGAAAUGUGGAAAUCCAUCGACACCCGGUAGCUAUUGAAGGAGCAUUCAUUCUUGUCCCUCCUAAUAGGGCCCGACAAAAACUGCCACCAGUGCCUUUGGAUAUGGCACCCACCGUUGGGGUAUCGAUAUCUCUACAAAAAGAUUCCAAAGUUUCUCAGCCUGUUAUCCAGUUAGAUUCGAAGGCUGAAUCUGCAAAUGUGAAAAGAGCUUUGUGUCCAACAAAAGAUGAAGAAGGAAGUCCUGAACCCAGUUCCCGUAAUGCACUACCUCAAACUCGCCAUUCGCCUCCCGUAAAAGAGGAUGCAACAGAAAGUGAAGUGGAAAGUCUUCAGUAUGACAAGAACCCAAAGCCAGAGAAAAAAGCCUUGCACACCCAAGUACCUCCUUCAGAAAUUCAACGUGUCAGUACCUCUCAAUCUACUACAGGGCAAAAAAUAGCUGUUCCAGCUGCAUCCCAUCAUUUCUGCUUCUCAAUAGACUUAAGAACGGUCCAUAAUCUGGAUGCUGGGUUUCCUGUGAAUUGUAUGCUAAGGUACUCAUAUCCAUUUUUUGGCAGUGCUGCACCCAUUAUGACAAACCCUCCUGUGGAAAUACGAAAAAACAUGCAAGUGUUCCUUCCCCAAUCCUAUUGUGCAUUUGAUUUUGCAACUAUGCCGCAUCAACUUCAGGAUACAUUCUUCAGGUUACCAUUGUUGGUGGAGCUGUGGCACAAAGAUAAAACAGCCAAAGACUUGCUCGUAGGAGUUGCAAGGCUCCAGCUUUCAAACGUUUUGGCUAAAGAAAAAACCCGUUUUCUAGGGACUAAUGGGGAACAGUGCUGGCGUCAGACCUUCAGUGAAACAAUUCCUAUUACAGCAGCACAAGGGCCAAGCAACAAAAUAGCAGAUCUUUCAUAUACGGUGACUCUAGAAGAUUAUGGGCUUGUGAAAAUGCAUGAGGUUUUAGUGUCUGAUUCUUCUCGGUCUUUAGGUGCUGAUGAGCCGCCGCUGGUUCCUCCACCUCAACCACAUAAUGUUGCUGAAGUUCAUCCAGAGCCACGAGAAACUCUAGAAUACAAAGCAGCACUUGAAUUGGAAAUGUGGAAAGAACUACAGGAAGAUCUUUUUGAAAAUCAGCUGAAGAAGAAGGAGCUGGCUCAUAUGCAAGCUCUUGCGGAGGAGUGGAGAAAAAGGGACAGAGAAAGGGAAGCAUUAGUGAAGAAAAAAGUUGCAGAAUAUACAGUUUUGGAAGAAAAGCUUCAAAAAACUUUGACUGACUUAGAGAAGCGUGAAAAACAACUUGUCAGUGCUGAAACUGAGCUCCAGACAUUGAAGAAAGAACUUCAAGCAGAGCAUGAGCGAAAUCGUCAGGAGCUUCAAGAUGCAAUGCGGCGAGUCAAAGAAGAAUGCGUACAUCAGGUUGAGCUGGAGAGGUCAAGGUUCAGACAGUUGGAAGAGGACAAGCUCCGCCUUCAUCAACAACUGCAUGAGGCAGAGAACAAGCAUAAGGCUCUGGAGAAAGAGUUUCAGCAGUACAAGGAGCAGCAAAGCAGCAAACCAGAAAUUCGACUGCAAUCAGAAAUAAGUAUUCUAACUUUAGAGAAGGGGGACCUUGAAAGGAAGCUAGAAUCUGCCACUAAGGCAAAACUACACUACAAGCAACAAUGGGCACGAGCUUUGAAGGAACUAGCAAGGCUAAAACAGCGUGAGCAAGAGAGUGCCAUGGCCCGCCUUAAAAAGCAGCAACAGGAGCUUGAGCACAUGCGACUUCGGUACUUGGCAGCAGAAGAGAAAGAAUUGGGGAAGGCACAACGGCAGGAGCUAGAGGAUAUCAGAAAUGAACUGAACAGAUUAAAACAAGAUGAAGACAAAAAGCAGUCACAAGAUUCCCAGGAUGUUUUGGGGGUGCAGCUGCAAAACUCUCACACUCGACAAGUGGAUGAGAGUUUAGACGACUAUCUUGCACGUCUCAUAGAAGAGAGGGAUACCUUGUUGCGAACAGGUGUAUAUAAUCACGAAGACCACAUUGUCAGUGAGCUUGAUCGUCAAAUCAGCGACGUGCUUGCCAAAAGGAGCAGAUGCAAGUAGCAAAACUUGCAGAACGGAUUUUUUAAUAUUUAGCAAAACGACCCAGGUUUUAGUGAAUGAUUCAUUGAAUAGGAUGCUGAAGGACUUGCUCACGUGCUCUGCUUUUGUCUCCCAAGACUUACUGCAGUGUAAAAAUAGCCCUAUUCUACCAUUGAGGUCUUAGGAGAGAAGAAGCAUUGACUGGAUUUUUUACACGAUUUAAAAAUGGCUGGACAUAUUUAAAUAUUUAUUUUGGUAGGUCAUUGAGUGUUCUACGUCUCCUCCCCAUUGCCUCAGCUUGUUUUAUUUAUAGAAGCUUUUAAAACUUCAGUUCUAUGUUUCUGUUCAGUAUUUUUAAUAACUUGUUUUGUAACUAUUUACCUGUCUACUUGUGUGUGUUUUUAAUGAUUUAUAUAGAAACAAUUCAAUAAAAUUGCACUAGGAAAAAGGA